AUGCGUUUCACUCCCUUGCUCGGCCUCGCCAGCCUCGGCCUGAACAUCCUCCCUGUCCACUCCGCUCCCACCGCUGGUUUGGCUCGCCGCGCCGAUGAGCCGAUCAACCAUGUCUAUCGCUCUGACAUGAUCGAGAAGCGCCACUCCUAUGAAGUGGAUGACGACGAGAUCCUCCAGAAGCGUCACACUUAUACAGUGGAUGAUGAUGAGGCCCUUCAGAAGCGCCAUUCCUAUGAGGUGGAUGACGACGAGGUCCUCCAGAAGCGUCACACCUACGAGGUGGAUGAUGAUGAGGCUCUCCAGAAGCGCCACACCUAUGAGGUUGACGACGACGAGGCCCUCCAGAAGCGUCACACUUAUACAGUGGAUGAUGAUGAAGCCCUUCAGAAGCGCCAUUCCUAUGAGGUGGAUGACGACGAGGUCCUCCAGAAGCGUCACACCUACGAGGUUGACGACGACGAGGCCCUCCAGAAGCGUCACACUUAUACAGUGGAUGAUGAUGAGGCCCUUCAGAAGCGCCAUUCCUAUGAGGUGGAUGACGACGAGGCCCUCCAGAAGAGGCAUACCUACGAAGUGGAUGACGACGAGGUCCUCCAGAAGCGCCACACCUAUACAGUGGAUGAUGAUGAGAUCGACAUCUAG